AUGGGUCAGACAGCAUCGCAACCCGAGACGGGCAAGUCUCUCAAAGUCAUCGGCGCCGGUCUCUCCAGAACAGGAACCACAUCGUUUGGAGCAGCCUGUUCCUACCUCCUCGAUGGCCCCUGUUACCACGGCGGCACCCAGAUGCUGAACUCGCCCGAGGCUCACAUCAAGCGUUGGAUCGAGAUCAUCAAACAUACCCCCGUGAAGGAUGAAGCCGACCGGAAAGCCUUGACGGAAGGUGUCAAGGAGAUGCUGGAUGGCUACGUUGCCUGUACCGAUCUGCCCUCCAACGCCUUCGUCGAGGAGCUCAUGGAGAUCUACCCUGACGCCAAGGUCAUCUGCACCGUGCGUGAUCCCGAUAAGUGGUGGAACAGCUUGGCCCCGAUCGUGGAGAAGGGAAACUUGACCGUCUUGUCCUGGAUUCUGGCACCUCUCCCCACGCUGCGGUGGUUCCGAACGUACCACGACGCCCUUGACGACGGCCGUGUCGGCGAACUGUACUUCCGCCCCGGCGAGCCCAAGAGACCGACCAGGGCCAUGUGGGAUCGACACAUCGAGCACCUCAAGAAGGUCGUCCCCAAGGAGAAGCUGUUCUUCUAUGACGUCCGUGAUGGCUGGGAGCCCCUCUGCGCCAUCCUCGGGGUUCCCGUGCCCAAGGACGUUCCCUUCCCCAAGCUGAACGAUGCCCAAGCCAUGGAGGGCUUCAUGAAGAAGAGCGCCCAGCGGGGGAUGAUGGUGUGGGCCGGUCUCUUUGUUUCUGCUGGUGCUGCUGCCUUUGCAGCUGCGAGAUACGUCGACCUGAUUUAA